GAUUCUCUUUUCUUACACAUAACAAAACCAAAAGAAAAAAAAAUUCAUAUUGAAUAGUACCCUGAAGAUUUUAUAUAUAGAGAGUAGAAAGGAUCAACUGAAAUGGGGCGUUGGGUGAGACCUGAGGUUAGGAAAAUUUUAUUUUUAUGAAGAAUUGCAAACUUUCUAUGAUAAAACAGUUAUCAUAACUAAGGUGUACCCUCUUCUUGGAGCAAUGGGAUUUGUGACAUCUAUGGUUGUGUUUCAACUCACAAGAAAUGCAUUCUUAAACCCUGACUGCAGAAUAAAUAAAGAGCAUAGAAAAAUGGGAAUUCUAGAAAAUAAAGACGAAGGAGAAAAAUAUGCACAACACAAUUUUCGCAAGUAUCUAAGGACCCGUCAACCUCAAGUUAUGCCUUCACUCAACCGUUUCUUCUCUCAAGAGGACAACUAAAUCUUAUUUUAUUAUGAAUUGUUAUCAGAUCCUCGUUUAUAUGUAUCUCUCAAUAAUAAUAAAAAGUUGAAUCCUGUGUCCCGAGUCUC